ACAAAAUACAGUAGUCCUAAAGAGCUCCUGUUCCUGAAGCCUGUGUAAGCUAUAGCGCUGCACUUUCGCCAUGCAUCGCUCGGUUGCCAGGCUGCUCGCCUUGCUCCUCGCCGCAGCCGUGUCCUGCGGCUUCUUCGUCGCCGCCCAUGCCCGGCAGCUCCAGCCGGCCCAUGCGGCUGGCGCGAGCUGCUUGCCGCGCGAGAGUGACGCACUGCUCGCCUUCAAGCAAGCCGUCAGCGACAUCUACGACAACCUCGCCUCGUGGCAAAAACGGCACAAAGAUUGUUGCCGGUGGAGGGGCGUCACCUGCAGCAACGAAACCGGCCAUGUGAUCGAGCUUGACAUUGGUCGCACCUAUUUGUUCGGCAAGAUAAGUCCUUCCCUGCUUUCUCUCGAGCAUCUGGAGUACCUAAAUCUCAACUGGACCUACCUACUUGGACCAGACGGUACUUCUUUAUUUCCAGAACUCUUGUGUUCUUUAAGCAACUUGAGGCACCUCGAUCUCUCAUGGACACAAUUCUCUGGUAGAUUGCCUGCUCAGCUUGCAAACCUUUCAAAUUUGGAGUACCUUGAUCUCUCAAACACAAAUUUCUCUGGUAGGCUGCCUGCUCAGCUUGCAAACCUUUCAAACUUUGAGUACCUCGAUCUCUCAUGGACAUCCCUGCACGGGCCUAAUGGUCGCGCUCCAGAGUUCUCGUCUUGUAAAAACUUGAGACAUCUCGAUCUUAGAGGCACACCAUUGUCUGGUAGAGUCUCUCCUCAGUUUUUCAACCUUUCAAAGUUAGAGUAUCUCGACCUCUCCUGCACUAGCAUGUCAGGUAUACUGACGCCUCAGCUUGGAAACCUUUCAAACUUGCGACACCUUGACCUCAGUUCAAUACAAGAUAUACACACAUCAGAUAUCUCAUGGUUAACUCAUCUCCAUUUCCUGGAAUUUCUUGAUAUGAGUGACAUAAAUCUCAGCGGCGCGGAUGUGUUUCUCGUGGCCAACACAAUCCCAUCUCUGAAGGCCCUUAUUCUUGUCAGUUGCUCACUUCCAAAUGCCAGCCAGUUGCUUACGCACGUAAACCUCACAAAACUAGAGCAGCUUGAUCUCUCCAGUAACUAUUUGGGCCACCGAAUUGAAACAUGUUGGUUCUGGAACCUAACAAGCAUCAAGGAACUAACACUCGAUUCAACCUAUCUUUAUGGUCCAUUCCCUGAUGUGCUAGGAGGUAUGAUUUCUCUCCAGCAGCUGGAAUUUACCAACAACGGUAAUUCAGCCACAAUGACGGUGGACUUGAAAAAUCUUUGUGAUUUAGAGUACCUAGAGCUCGAUCGGAGUCUUGCGUCUGGGAACCUGACAGAUUUUGUGAUGAAACUGCCACAAUGUUCGUCCAGCAAAUUGCAGUACUUGAGCUCAAAUCACAACAAUAUGGCAGGAAUGCUGCCAAAUAUGGUGGGGCACUUCCUGGAGUACCUUUACCUUUAUAAUAACAGCAUUACUGGAGCUAUACCAACUGGGUUAGUGAAUUGUACUAGUUUGCAAUCAGUUUCUCUCGGUUUGAACCAACUAAGUGGACAGAUACCAACAUUGCCGAGAAGCCUCACUGAGGUGGACUUAUCCAUGAACAGCUUGUCGGGACCUUUGCCAUCAGAUUUUGGAGCUCCAGACCUUACAGUACUAAGUCUAUCCUCCAAUUACAUCGCUGGUCACGUUCCUAGACCUAUUUGUAAGUUGCAAAACCUAGUUUUCUUGGAUUUGUCCCGGAAUAUGUUUGUGGAAGAAUUUCCUAGGUGUUCUUCAAUGCCAAACUUGGCAUUCCUAUACUUAAGUAAUAAUAACUUCUCCGGAAAUUUCCCGCCAUUGCUCCAAAAAUGCUCAGAAUUGACUUUCCUAGAUCUUGCAAUGAACAAGUUCGAUGGAGCACUACCAGUAUGGAUCGGAGACCUAGUGAACUUACGGUUUCUGCAGCUAAACAAUAACAUGUUCUAUGGGGAUAUUCCAGCUAACAUCACAAGUCUUGUACUACUUCAACAAUUCAGUUUAGCGAGCAACAAUAUAUCAGGAUCAAUUCCAUCAUCCUUGUCAAAAUUAAUAGGUAUGACCCUGAAACAUCUGCCAAGACUUGAAUCACGGUGGACUGAAAACAGAUUUCAGCGGCUGCCCGUGGAUAUUUUGUCUGUGGUGAUGAAGCAGCAAGAGCUUAAGUUUAGCGGUAAUGCAGUUAUUGACAUGGUCAGCAUUGAUUUGUCGCUCAACCACUUGACCGGUGAAAUUCCAGAUGAGAUAACUUCUCUGAAAGGACUGUUGAGUUUGAAUUUAUCAUGGAAUCACCUGGGCCAGAAAAUUCCUGUGAAGAUUGGGGAUAUGAAAUCACUGGAAUCACUCGACUUGUCAAGGAACAAUAUCUCCGGUGAAAUCCCAACGAGCCUAUCAGAUUUGACAUAUCUAAGCUCCUUGGACUUGUCAUACAACAAUCUUGCAGGAAGAAUUCCAACAGGCCGUCAACUCGACACUCUGUAUGCAGAAGAUCCGUCCAUGUACGAUGGCAACAAUCGCCUUUGCGGGCCUACUCUUCAAAGGAAUUGCUCAGGCAGCAGUCCACCAGAGCAUGGGAAUCAACAGAUAAGUGAAAAUUCUUAUGACCAAUUGAUGUUCUUCUACAUUGGGCUAACGUCUGGCUUUGUGGUUGGACUAUGGCUUGUGUUCUGUGCUUUCUUGUUCAAAAGGGCGUGGAGAUAUGCCUACUUUUGCCUCUUCGACGAGCUAUGUGACAGGGUGUACGUGAUUGUUGUUGUUACUUGGGGCCGGAUAAACACCAAGGCGGCUGCAGGUUGAGUGAUGUGCUAAAUCGAUUAAUGCCGGUGGCACUCUAUUGUGCUCCAUGAAUAAAUAAAGAUGAAGAAGUAUCUAUUAGCAGCUUGUACAAGGUGAUAUGAACCUUUUCUGAUGCAUGUAACUGUUAUUGGUUUGUACUCGUUGGUCCUGAUGAACCCGGCACGUGAUUUUAGCUUCCAGCUCUGUUUUGUUUCAUGUCGAUGGUUGAUGUUUUGUAAUACUGAACUGCACUAGCAGAGUAGCCUGUACAAUUUUGUGCAGCUUGAUAUAUUGUAUUUG